GAGCACUGUCUGAAAUCCGAGAAUAUAAUUUCAGGUUUCAAGGAAAAUAUGUUUUGAACAAAAGUCUACAUGCAGUAGAAGAAUUUGUAGAAACAAAUGCGCAAUUUUCUAAAUUGUUGUGCGGUAUUUUAUGUGGAAAAUCAAACUGUCAAGGCUUUGAAAUCUGCCACGAUGACAAAAGAUUGUGCAGAAUAUGGAAUGAUCCUUUUGAGCCAGUGUCAUCUUCUGAUCCAAACUUAAAUAUCUGUGACCAGUUUAAAAAGUAUACAUGGGCACCUGACGUCACGGAAGCAAGUCCUUCUAUGACAACCUUUGCACAAAAUUCAACCUCGUCGAGUAGUAACACCUCUGCAAACUCCCAGAAUUCAACAAUGUAUGUAGAAGCGCUUACAUCUUCAGUGCAAAGCACAAGUACAUCUUCCGAAGGAAUUCUGAUGAAUCAAUCCACAACUACGCAACUAGUAAUGGAAAAUGUUUCCGAAAUACAGAGCACCGAGGACGCUCUAUACAGUGACACAGUUACUAUUCAGAGUACAAUUCCGCCAACCGACAACAGUUCAAGUAAUAACAACCAAACAGCAUUGACUACCCUGGGUCAUCUUAGUACAACUUCCGAAGGAAUACUUCUGAAUCAAUCCACAACUUCAGAACUAGCGACAGAAAAUGUUUCAGAAACACAUAGCACCGAGGGAGCGCCAUAUAAUGACACGGCUACUAUGAUGAGUACAAUUCAACCAACUGAUAACAUUACGAGUAACAACAACCAAACAGCAUUGACAACUCUGGAUAAUUCAAGCACAACUUCACAAGGAAUUCUUCUAAACCAAUCCACAACUACAGAACUAGCGAUGGAAAAUGUUUCAGAAAUACAGAGCACCGAGGCCGCUCUAUAUACUGACACAGUUACAAUUCAGAGUAUAAGUAAUAACCAAUCAACAUUGACAACUCUAGAUAAUUUUAGUAUAUUACCGACAAAUCAAACAACAAACUUGGAGACAACUGUGUUAGCGGAGUCAACAACAGGGGUUAAUACAGUACCGAAUUCUACGACCAAGUACUUAUCCACUGUUCAAAGCACUCCGGAAUCAACAGAACCAAAUUGUAUGGAUUGUGAUUGCUGGAGCCUGAGAGGAAUGACGGGAAAACUUACAAUUUUUUUGGCGGGCCAAUUUAUUGAAGUCAACUGUACAGAAGAUGGAACUCUUUAUCAUUGGACGACUUUUCAGAGAAGAAUCAAUGGCACUGUCAAUUUUUACAGAAAUUGGUCAGACUAUGAAAACGGAUUCGGGUCAAUUGACGAUGAAUUUUGGUUAGGUAACAAAUAUAUUCACGAGCUGACGAGGCUGGGACAUACAUACCUGGGUAUAGAUCUACUAACAUUUGAAGGAAGACUUCUUUCUAUAGAAUAUGCCACCUUCAGAGUGGGAAACUCAUCAACUAAGUAUAUACUGGAAGUGGGGAAUCCAGUUUAUACUUCCACUCCAGAAUGGGAUAUAGGCGACAGUAUGGCGAAUCAUAACGGUAUGCUUUUUACAACAUAUGAUGCAGAUAAUGAUGAAAACAAGGCAAAAAAUAAUGGAAAUUGCGCAAUCAUACUCAGAGGAGGGUGGUGGUACAAAAAUUGUGGGGACUGCAAUCUCAACGGGGAGUAUAGCCACGAACGGUACCCUCCUGACGACAGGGUGUACUGGAAAGAUUAUGGAGGAUUCCAAGAAUCCUUGAAAGAGGUCACAAUGAAAAUUCGGAAACCUUAACUAGUGGGUAAUACACGUUGAAUUCCAUUUUUGAUCAUCGGACUCAUCAGAGAAUUCUGCUGUGAAGAGGAAACUGGUUCACACUUAAUUUGUUAGUAGAAAUUAUCAGAUGUAUCGUUUCUUUCUUUUUCGGCCGGGCACGGAACCUUAAUUUAAGCUUUCUUGUAAAUGUAAAUACCUUUUUUAUGAUCCUCUAUUCUUGGAUUAAAAAGUAGUUUUUUUACUUUUCGUUUAUAGCUUUUAACAUAUUGCCUUUAUACUAAAAUGCAUCAGGAAAUUAAAAACAAAUGGACCAACUUUUCGACUUUUUAGCAUGACAAUUUAAUUACUGAUAUCGUUAUACAGAAAAUAUUGUUCUAUAAACU